AUGGUUGAGUUAGUUAUAAUGAAUAUUGCUAAGGAAUCUUAUAAGGAUGAUGAAGCUGGAUCAUCUCGUGAUGAAUCCAGCAGUAUUCAAGAUAGUAGUGAGGAGUCGAUUGAGGAUGACGACAAUGAAGAUGAGGACGACGAGGAGGAUGACGACGACGAUGACGACGAGGAGGAUGACGACGACAGCUUUGAGAUAUCGGAUAUCGAAAUAAAGAACAACGAUACAACCGAGGUGAAGAACCUAAAGAUCAAGUUGUUGAAGGAGAAGAGCAAGGUUCUCGACGCCAAGGAGACCAUCGAGAGUUUGGUCGAGCAGAUCACCGCUUACAAGGCGUCGGUCGAGGAGGAGAAAACCGAGUUGGAGAACAAGCUCAAACACGAGAAGAAGACGAAGCUCGAGAUCGAGAUGAGUGCGAAUCUAUCGUCGUCGACACCGUCCGCUUCCGACUCGGUGACGGUCGCCAGUCUCAAGAAGCAGUUGGCCGACCUCCAAAACUCGUUGGUCAAGGAGAAGGAGAAGAUAACCAGCGUCGAUCUUCUCAUGUUGCAAGCACGUCGCAUCAUGGGAUUGGAGGGAACGGCUGUCGGUGCGAUCGAGCAGUCGAACGCCAUCGAGAUCAACACACUCAAGACCAACGUCGAAGUCGAGAAACAACUGCAUCACAAGACACAGCUACAGCUCGAAGAGGAAAAGAAAAAGUCGGAACUCAACAAAAAGACCGCAGACAACCUGGUUGCGAGAAUUAAAGAUCUCAUUUCCUCACACCACGAAACACUACAGCAGUUGGACGACGAGAAAGAGAAUACCAAACUACUAGAAUCUGAAGUUGAUAAAUUGAAAGAACAAAUGAAUUUACUUCAUCAAAAAUUAUCUGUAAAUAAUAAUAAUAAUAAUAACAACAAUGAACAAGUACAACAACAACAACCAUUGAGUAGUGAAUCAAGUACACCAACUAUUACACAAUCUCCAUCUUCAGAGAGUGUUGGUCAAGUUUUGGAGAAUGGAAAUUCCACUCCAAAUUCAAAUAAUUCCACUCCAAACAUUUUGGAAUCAUCACCUUCCACCUCACAACCAAAGACCAUUCCAAUUCAUAGAGAUGGAAAUAUCGAUGUUGCUGAUAUUCUCAAAUCACUGCCAGCUGCACCAACCUUUGUAACACCACCUAACAACAACAAUAAUCAUAGCAACAAUAAUAAUCAUAGCAGCAGCAAACAAUCAGAUACUGAUUCUUCAUCUGAUGAAAAAUCAAAUGUUACCAAACCUGAAUCGUCAUCAUCAUCAGCAAAAGCAGCUGCUGCUGCUAAUCGUGAGCGUAUGCUAUACAAGACGAUUAGACGUAACCAAACGAUGAAGAUGAUCAAUGAGAUGGGUGGUGAUCUCACUAUGGAGAAGCAGUCGGUAACCGAUAGCGGUGUUGCCACUACCACAACCAAGUCGUCGGUCACACAAGAACACACUGGUCCCGGAGGUUCCAGUGUGGUCAACAAGAACAAUGGAAGUGUAAAGACCUUUAGCUUCGAGAAUAAAUCGAAUGGAUCCAUCCAGUACGGUGCUGGAUUCAACUUUACUUCACUCACCAACGCCGGUGGCAGUUCCAACAACGAGAUCAUCGAGCGCAAAAAGUCUAUCGGAUCGAUCAGCAAGCACGACAAGCGUAUCGAGAAGGAGAUCAAGGAGAUCAACAAGAAGAUUCUGAAGGAGAAGGAAAAGGAAGAGAAGAAAGAGAAGGAGAAAGAGGAGAAGAAAGAAAAGGAAAAGGACGAAAAGAAAGAAGAAAAGAAAAAGAAAGAAUCGACACUAAAGAAAGAUAAGAGUUCCAGCAAACUUUCAUUAAGAGAUUCAAAAGAUAACAAUAAUAACAACAACAACAACAACAACAGUAAAGAUAGUAAUAACAAAGAUAGCAGUAGUAAGGAUAGUAAUAAUAAUAGUCCAGCAUCAUCACCAUCGCUUUCACACAAAUCAGAUUCUCAAAUGGAUCUCUCAAAGAACGCUGACUCCUCUGCUGUAUCAUUAGAUGAUCUGCCAGACUACUUGAAGACUCCAGAGGCGAUGGGCGACACUGCAUCGAGCAAAACUGGAAAAGACACUGUAAAAAGUGAAAUUGGUUUAAAAAUAAUUAUCGCCUUGUUAACAUCGUCAUCAACAACCACAAUAACAACAACAUAA